UUUUAGGAAGAAAACCAACUGGAAAAAUCAAUGAAGUUCCUUCUUCUCACAUUUGUUGGUGUUGUUCACCUUUUAUCCCUGAGCUCUGGGAAAACGAUAUAUAAGAAUGACAUCUCUCAGAGGUCUUUUCAAGAAAUUAAAGAAGAAAUAGCCAGCUAUGGAGAUGUUGCUAAAGCAAUCAUCAACCUUGCUGUUUAUGGUAAAGCCCAGAACAGAUCCUAUGAGCGACUGGCACUUCUGGUGGAUACUGUUGGACCCAGACCAAGUGGCUCCAAGAGCUUAGAAAAAGCCAUCCAAAUCAUGCACCAGAACCUGCAGGAAGAUGGGCUGGAGAAUGUCCACUUGGAGCCGGUCAAAAUACCCCACUGGGAGAGGGGGGAAGAAUCUGCUGUGAUGCUGGAGCCAAGGAUUCACAAGAUGGCUAUUUUGGGUCUUGGAAGCAGCAUUGGGACUCCCCCAGAAGGCAUUACAGCAGAAGUUCUCGUGGUGACCUCGUUCGAGGAACUGCGGAGAAGGGCCCCAGAAGCAAGAGGGAAGAUUGUUGUGUAUAAUCAACCUUAUGUCAACUACUCGAAGACAGUGCAGUACCGAGUCCAGGGGUCAGUGGAAGCUGCCAAAGUGGGGGCUGUGGCAUCCCUGAUUCGAUCAGUGGCUUCCUUCUCCAUCUACAGUCCUCACACAGGUAUUCAGGAAUACCAAGAUGGUGUGCCAAAAAUCCCAACAGCCUGUAUUACAGUGGAAGAUGCAGAAAUGAUGUCAAGAAUGGCUUCUCGUGGGAACAGAAUUGUUAUUCAGCUGAAGAUGGGGGCAAAGAACUAUCCAGAUGCUGAUUCCUUCAACACUGUAGCAGAGAUCAUUGGCAGCAAGUACCCAGAGCAGGUCGUACUGGUCAGUGGACAUCUGGACAGCUGGGAUGUGGGGCAGGGUGCCAUGGAUGAUGGCGGUGGAGCCUUUAUAUCAUGGGAAGCACUCUCGCUUAUUAAAGAUCUUGGGUUGCGACCAAAGAGGACUCUGCGUUUGGUGCUCUGGACUGCAGAGGAACAAGGUGGAAUCGGUGCCUUCCAGUAUUAUCAGUUACACAAGGCAAAUAUUUCCAACUACAGCCUGGUGAUGGAGUCUGAUCUGGGAACCUUCUUACCCUCUGGGCUGCAAUUCACUGGCAGCGAAAAGGCCAGGACCAUCGUGGAGGAGGUCAUGAGCCUGCUGCAGCCUGUCAACAUCACACAGGUCUUUAGGGCUGGAGAAGGGACAGACAUUAACUUCUGGAUCCAAGCUGGAGUGCCUGGAGCCAGUCUACUUGAUGACCUAUAUAAAUAUUUCUCCUUCCAUCACUCCCAUGGAGACACCAUGACUAUCAUGGAUCCAAAGCAGAUGAAUGUUGCUGCCGCUGUUUGGGCUGUUGUCUCUUACGUCAUUGCAGACAUGGAGGAAAUGCUGCCCAGGUCUUAGCAAGAGCAAGAAAGAAAGCAUGCUUGUCCUUUCUGGCCAGGAAUCCUGAGUCUGCAGCUCCAGGAAGUCCUUCUUCAACUAACAGUUUCAUCUGACCUAGUCCAUUUUCAAAGCACAGUACUUUUUCAUACUUCCUAUUACCGUCUCUCUUGAUACUUUCCAAAUUGUGUUUCUAGAGGAAUAAAUGACCCCCACCCAACAUAGAAUCCGCAUAUGGUAGAGAUCACAGUGGGGACAUUUCAUUAUACCACCUGUAAAAAAUAUUGUUUCUACUUUGAAAGUAAAUACUGGAUAAAUAUUUGGAAGAUC